AUGGAGCGACUGUCCGUUAUCAGGGUGUCCAAGGAGGAUUCUCUGCUGUCCAUGGUCACCCCGAAAAAGGGCAAUGAUGGCAUCCGGCGGGUUGUAUUUAUUCAGAUCCCUGACCCACAGCUGCCCAGUAGCCCCACCAGGCUUGAUGCCACCUGGUGCUUGUACACUAUCAAGGACACAAGUCUGGCUCACUGGAUUAUGAGUGCAUGCCCAAACCUCAUAAAGCGCAACAAGCAGAAGAAGAAGAAGAAGAAUAACAAUAAUGAAUAUCUUGUAUACGAGUUUACAAAUGACUUCAACAUCUGGUUUAAAGCAGCCCUCAAGGCAAUCAUGGCUGGGCCUAGCUCCAAACUUUUCAGGAUGCUCUGCACGGCGGAUAUUGUCCUGGGUGCUACCAACUUUGCGAAUGAUGCAUCGAACAGGCUAGUACGAUACCUGAAUGGCAUGCGCGCCCUCACAGCGCAGGCUUUUGUCUAUCCAGAUCCCUUUCAGGUUCUCCAUUGCUGUGACAAGCUGCAACUGGCCGACAUGUUCUGCACCAUUGUCCCUGAAGCGCCUAAUGGUGUAAACCCCCCUGCUUGUAUGGUAUUUGACACCUUUGAGCAGCUGGUGUCCUUGAUUUCUGACUUCAAGAUUGAUCUCACUGGUUGCAUGAUCAAGCGGACAUACUCUGGGUUUAGCCAGCAUGUGCUGAAAAUGGACCCAGACGAGACUUUGAAUGAGUUCCUGGUACGCAUCCGCGACACCAUGGAGGAGUCCGAUGAUAGCUGGGCAAGGAUGCGGACAUACUCUGGGUUUAGCCAGCAUGUGCUGAAAAUGGACCCAGACGAGACUUUGAAUGAGUUCCUGGUACGCAUCCGCGACACCAUGGAGGAGUCCGAUGAUAGCUGGGCAAGGAUGUAUUACGACAUCUUUGAUGUCACAGUGCUGAUGGAGGAGGCAGAAGAAGGCAUGAAUGAGCUGAAGGAUUUUGCUGGUGCAGUGUUGAAGAAGCUGAUCAAGUGGGAAGAAGACCAUGAAGAGGAUAUUGUGCCUGGCUCAAGGACCCGGGCAUCGCAGCUGCGGAUUUUUGCACGGCUUGACAUCUGCCUGAUACGGCAAGAUGGUGAGUUCCGUUUCUGGGUGAAUGAGGUGGAGGCUUGGUCAGGGGCAUCCAUGUUUGCCAACUUCUCUCAGGAUGCAUAUCUCAGACUUGUGAACUCAGCGAAUGACCUGUCGAGACUACAAAACAACCUAUCGACCUAUCGAGACUACAGAAUGACCUAUCGAGACUACAAAAUGACCUAUCGAGACUACAAAAUGACCUAUCGAGACUACAAAGCGACCUAUUGUGACUACAAAAUGACCUAUCGAGGUGACCUAUCGACCUAUCGAGGCGACCUAUCGGGUGUCACACUCAAUAUGUUGAACAAGUCUACUGUCUCCAACCCGGCACUUCGCUUCCACCUGGGCUGCACGUACCAAGUCUAUGGCUGGAUUGAGCCAGCAUUUUGCGAGCUGAUGUCAACGCCAGUCCAUGCGAUUACAAGGCCAAUGGCUCACCUGAUCGGACCCAACGCUUUCUAUGCCAUAGCCAACACACAUGCCCAGAUUGCUGAACACCGACUUGUGCUGGCUUUCUAUCCCUCACCCUACAUUGAAGACGUAUCCUGCUUCACCUCGGAACAAUGCCGUCAGGCCUGGACUACGCAGUGGUGGCAGGGGCUUGCCAAGCAUCUCUUACACCCGGAUGCUGGCAGGAAUGGCCGCCAGAUUCUGGACAUGCUGGAGACAGUGCGGAUCCCUGGAAUGUGCCAGGGUUGCCAGGACUUGAACGUCAGUUGGGUGAAGCAGAGAGAGGCUUUAACCAGAGAUGAGGAGAUGUUCGAGGAGACUAUCGCUGACAUUGUAGGGCAGUACGUUGUCAAGAAGAAAGCCGCGGACAUCCAGCUGGUCGAGGAUGGAGGGCAGGAGAAUGUCGCCUAG